CGUUCAGGCCUGGGGAGAGCUUUUAUUGAGGUGAGUAUGCCUGAAAACCCUAAAAGUACAAAGCUGAGAAAUUUUGUUGUUGCGUUGCGAUUUUGCUCAACUUCCCUGUUUUUCCUCCGGUCAUCUCAAAGCAUCAAGAUGAGGCCUCUGGACGAGACUGAAACGGAUGCUGUUUUCAGGAAGCUAUACUCUUUCACCGGCCACAAUCUCAAGAACAUCGUCGAGAACCCUUCCCAUGAAGGACCUGACCCCAGUCCUGGUCGCUAUUGCUUCAGGCUCCACAAGAACAAGGUCUACUACGUUAGCGAGUCCUUGGUGAAGCGAGCCACGAACAUAAGCCGUAAGAAUUUAGCCUCACUCGGCACUUGCAUUGGCAAAUUCACCCAUGGAGGCAACUUUCACUUGACGAUUCAGGCCUUGAAUCUAUUAGCUGCGAAUGCCAAACACAAAGUUUGGCUAAAACCCACAUCGGAAAUGUCGUUUCUUUAUGGGAAUCAUGUGUUGAAAGGUGGAUUGGGAAGGAUUACUGACAGUAUUUCUAAAAAUGAUGGGGUUGUGGUGUUCUCUAUGUCUGAUGUGCCUCUAGGGUUUGGUUCCGCAGCGAGAUCAACCCAGGAUUGCAGGAAGUUGGAUCCUAAUGGAAUAGUGGUGCAUCACCAGGGGGAUAUUGGUGAAUAUUUGAGAAUGGAGGAUGAACUUUGAUAGAAUUGAGGUUCUUUCUGGGGUUUUAGGAAGGUUUUUGGGAUAUGGGUCGGUGUUGAUGGUAUAGACAUGCUAGUUACUGUAAGUGUGUCUUAUCUAAUUUUGAGUAAUAUGAGGUUGUUGUUAUGGUUUUCUGGAAAUUUAAUGAACUUGGGUUUUCUUGUA